AAACGAAAACCCACGUCAGUGUAGUGGCUCCACAGUUUCCAUUUCUGUCACGAUACCACAUAAUUUUAGCCAAGAAUUUCUCUUUUUCAAACUUCUUUUUUAUCACGGAUUCAUAGGCUGUGGUUGCUAAUACUUCAAAAUACUUUUCCACACCCACGAACCAGUCAUGACAAUUUUCUUCCGCAGGGCAAGUAUUUCCGCCAUAGCAAUACUGUUGACAAGUUGGCCUACUGAGGUUGUGUGUCAGGGCAAUGCCCUCGAUUGGCUCACUCAGAAGAAGAUCGAGGUCUACUGGGUAGUUGGUUUAGGCGGAUUGCUAUUGGUUACCAUUAUUGGAUGCAUCUUGUGCCUGUGGUGCUCAAGGCGCAGAAGAGGAAAAGAUUUCUUCACUAAAGACGCAAGAGAAGAUCCCUGUGACGAUAACAGCUGGGAGAUGAUAACUUCAUCGACAAAGGAAUCAAAAAAGGCGGACUCGAAGGAACAAGACAGCGACAAUGUUACAGUGAUCAAGAUCAGUGUACAGAAUACUACCAACGAGAAAGAUGAGGAGAAAUUCAGGGAAGCUACAGCUGACCUCGUGGUAGAACCACGUGAUGAGCAACACAAGCACCAGACUCAGCCUGAUGCUGUAUGUACAGGCAAUGAAAUAAAAAAUGAAGAAAACAAAUCUAGUAUGCCUAGCCCAACUACCACGAAAGCCCAAAAGAACGUUCCCAAUACGCCUAAUAAGAACUCGAUUGAUGGUACGAUGGACAUGAAGUAUAAUGAAAUGGAAGGAGCUAAAGAUGGCUCUCAAAAGAAAGACAGCAACCAACCGCAUGCUGAGCCGCUGUACGCCGAGGUGAACAAGGCAAAAAAAAAGAAAAAAGUGAAAAGUGGCUACAAUAUUGUGUAUGCUGAACUUGCUGACUUUGACAAAAACAGGAGUGAUCAAAACAACCAGCAAAGAAACAACCCAUCCUCAGCGGAAUACGCUGAAAUAGCAAGACUUACAAAAUCACCUAGAGAUAUGAGUCCACUAGAUGAAUAGCAGCACUGACGGGCGCAUAGAUGCGUGUGUGUUACGCAACAAGACUUUCACCUUAAUAGAAGCAGAUUAUUACUUUGUAGAAAGAUUGACGCCUAUUAUGAGCUGAUAAAUGUGUGUCUUUACAAAUCAUUACAGUUAUUUUAAACAGGUUUCUGAGAAAAAAAGAAUUGAAAUUUUCCAAGACAGAAAGGAACUAUGGAUACCCACCUUAUAGACAAAUAAUGCAGCAACAGCAAUAGCAACAGCAGUAGAGAAGCUGCAACAAACAGUAGCAUCAGUAGCAUCAGCGACAACACCAACACCAACACCAACAACAGCAGCAGCAAGAGAAAAAAACAAAAACAACAGCAGCAGCAACAACAACAACAACAUUAAAAACA